CUGAUCACUCACAUAAAAAAUCAUAGAGUAGUCAACUCUGUUUUGUUUUGAUCUCAGACAAUUUUACCAUGUUAAACCCCCACAAAGCCCUGAAAUUUCCAUCACUCCUCCGCCGCGCACUCUCACUCUCUUUCUCCACUCAAACCCCCACAACUGCUCACCACUACGACGACCUUAUCAAUGCCGCCGGUCGCUCAGGCGACUUUUCCGCUGUCCGCCGCCUCCUCACCAAUCGCUGGCGCGACGGCUUCUUCAACACCAAGUUCACAUUCAACUUCAUCACCUCCGAUCUCGCAGCACUCGAGGAGACUUUACAAACCCUUAAAUCUCUCGCAAGAGGGUUCGCGAAGAAAGGCGCGUACGACUCUUUGAUCGCUCGGCUGUCGAAGUUGGACCACACGCGCCACGCCCUGCGAGUGGCCAAAAUCAUGGCCGCUGAAAAUGUCGGGAUCAAUGCCGUCUCGUUCCACCCCAUUUUGAACUAUGUAUCCAGGAAGAACGCUGAUGAGGCUAUGGGGGUGUUGGAAAUGAUGAGGGAAAUUAAGGUUUGGCCCGACGUGACGUCAUAUAAUUAUGUGCUGACAGCUUAUUGUUGUGAUGGGAAGUUAGAGGAGGCAGUAAAAUUGGUUGAUGAAAUGGAUGAGAAUGGGGUUGUUUAUGAUUCCAGAACUUACGACGCGCUGGUGUUGGGUGCGUGCAAGGUGAAGAGAGUGGAUGGGGGUUUAGUAUUGUUGAGAAGAAUGGUGGAUGAGGGAGUGCCAGCAUUGUAUUCCACACACAUUCAUGUUAUAAAUGAAUUGUUGAAGAUGGGGUAUUAUGGACAGGCGGUGGAGUUUGUUUUGAUUUAUGCUGGGAGGGAUAAGGCUAUGGAUCAUGAGUGUUUCGGGGUUUUGGCGAGGCGGUUGAUUAGUUUGAAGAGGUUUGAUGAUGCUAAGUUGGUUUUGGAGGAAAUGAGGAGUCGGGGUUUGGAAAUCGGGGGGAAAUUGUCGGAGGCAGUUGAGAUAUGGGAUGGUAAUUUGGGAACCAAUUAAGGUGUUGGUAUUGAACGAGGCAGGCUGCGGAUGUUGGGUACAUGAGGCCCUGUUGGAAGAAUUUGAUUAGAUAACUUCAUUCAGCGGUGAUAAGGAAUUGGCUUGCUUAAUCCACCGACUUUCCACUUUUUUAACAUUUUAGUUUGCCUAGUCAAGUGAUAUGGGAAAAAUGGAAAAAGAUAGUUUGGAGGAGAUGAGGACAAGGGAAUUCGAAAUGGGCAUAAUGUGGAGGGAAUAUUAUGAACUAGCUUAUUUUUAUGAUUAAACUUUUGGGAAUAUUGGGUGUUGAGAUGGGGAUUAAAACAGUGAGGAGUACAUUCACAAAAGAGGAGUUAACUGGUUGAAGAGAAUGAGUGCCUGCUGCCAUACACUAUUACCAACGUGGUGAAUUUCCAUCACACUGCUCCGAACUUGUUACCCAGGCUUGCUGAGAGAUACGUAUUGAUGCAGGACUGAUAGAACAUAAUAGUAAUGCUAAAGAACCGUGGACCAGGCUCUCAUGUUGCUCUGCUAUUGGUGUUCUAAAUUAUUUUGAUAGGGUGAUGAGCUAAUUUUAGUAAAUGUUAUUGUACAUUUGAUCAAGGUGGGUAUGUUUGUGGAUUAUGUAUUAUACUAUUAGAGUUAUAAUGUUUAAGAGGCUACUUACA